AUGCCUUCAGCGUACAAGAGCAAGGGCAAAGGGCGCGAUGCACGCCAGUCGCGCAGCCGCAAUACCACCCCAUCAACUGCAGGCAGUGUUCCUACGGCCAUGCCUUCUCUCGCCAACUAUCUUGAGAAUGAUGUUUCGAAGCUCAUCGACCAGGCCAACGGUCAGUACACGGAUAUGCUCGACCUAAUAGCUGGCCCGAACAUUCCCGAUUCCAGGACCCUCGAAACAAUCGUGGAACAUCUGAAGAGCCUCAGUGACAUGGCUGAUACUCGGGGGGAUACUUGCAACGCUGGUAUGCGAGAGAUGUCACAGAAGCGUAAGGACGUGACAGAGGAUCCUGAACUAAGCCACGAGGUUGGAGAACGUUCGAAGCUCAAACGCGAGACGGAGGAAGAUGAUGACCAGAUACACAAAGGAAAGCUGAAGAAGCGCAAGGAGCGUGCGAGUGCAAAAGAGGAGCGGCCAUUGAGUCACGGAGCACACGACGUCGCUCGUCAAGAUGGCGCCGAGACAAAGGUCGAGGGAGCGGCUUCUCCAGUCUCCAAGCAUUCGAAGAACGCCGGCUCUGAUGACAGUUCCUCCCUUUCGCCUCCAUCCAUGUUGUCCCCCAACGGUGCCGCUGCUACCGAUGGCGCGGCCGCGCCUGGGUCUCCCGGGUCGGAUUCCAGCGAUGACUCGCACCAGCCUGAACCCCAGCCCGCUAUACCUCAUUUUCAAGUAUUCGGAGACAACCCGCUCAAAUUCGAUGACCCAACCGUCUAUCACAUCCGAGAUGUCAUCCCGGACAUGCCCGACGAUGAGAAGAAGGAAAUCUACAGUGUGGCCCGUUUCCCGAAGUCCGAUCUCGCCCACAUGAUGGCCGGUGUAGCCCCAGACAAGGACUUUAGCAAUGCCAAGCCAUCCAACCAGGUCAGCGCCAACACCUUCCAGGCCUACAUUGAACCGUACGUUCGCCCUCUUACGGAAGAAGACAUUGCUUGGCUUCGGGAGAGAGGAGACCGUGUCACACCUUUCAUCAAUCCUCGUCGUGGAAAGAAAUUCUACCGUCAGAUCUGGGCUGAAGAGGAUGGAAUUUCUUACGACUCAAGUCAAGAUGACAAAGACCAGCUCCCCUUGAACCAAGGACGAGGCAGCAUCGACUCUUUGACCGAUGACAAGGUUGAAACCAGCGAAGUUUCCAUCGGGCCCCUGCUGAGCCGUCUGUGCUCUCUACUCCGCUACGAGCACCGCACUCUUCCAGAGGACAAGGAAUCGGCGAACGGUGACACGGGAUUGGGAGACGCAAUGGAUUUGGACCAACCAAACGGUGACAUGGAGACCAAGUCCGAGGGCAAGCCCCUCCCACCCGCGACAGCCUUCCAUGACGCCGAUCCAAACGGGUUCAAGACCUCCGUCGCCAAACUCGACCACGCGCAGCUCGACGAGCGCGCCAAGGCCGAGCUGCGAUACAUUGGCUUCCUCGGGCCAGACGACAACCCCGACUACGACGCGCACUAUGACGACGAAGUCGCCGAGCGACUUCGCCUCCUCCAAAACGAACUGAAGAAGCAGAUCGUCACCAACAACGCGCGCAAGGCCCGCAUCCUCAAGAUCGCCCAGGAACACAUGGCUCUCCUCGAAUUUACCACCAUCCAAGAUGACCUCGACUCCCAAGUCCAGCAGGCCUAUCUGAAGCGCACCCGUACCAUGGGCAAGAGUAAGAAGGGCUCGCAGGCCAAGCACCGCCCCGGUGGUGCUGGUGGUGGCAGCCAUGUUGCAGGCGCAGGGAUUUCUCGUCCUGCUGUCGGUGAUGCCGCUAAGAUCGUCAUGGACCGGCGUAAGCGCUGGAACGAUGCCUUCUUGCCUAUAUUCGAUGAUAUCAAGACCACCAUUCCGUCCGAAGGUGAAACCAUCUUCGAUCCACAGGUGAUGAGUGAAUACGAGAAGGCCGAGCUGGAGGCUUGGGACGAGGAGUGA